GAACCAGCCUCCGGAGGUGAAUACCCCGAUCGCAGUGGUGCGGGGGGAGGGGUGAUCCUGGGUAGAGGCUCCGGUCUGACCUACCAGAUCCUGCCCGUGGGCAGCCAGGCUGAGGGCAGCAGAACCGGGCACGUCCCUGGGAGGGGGGCCGGGGAGUCGGGGCUCCUGGGGAGCCUCGGGGUGUUGAGCACAUGCUGGGGGCUCAGCCCUGCCGAGAGCCACGUAGGUUCCUGGAUACGCAGCUCUGGGCGUGGGGAGACUCGGAUGAUCACGGGGAUUCCAGUCACCAGGCCUGUGUUCAGGGCAUGGACCCCGACCUCAUCCCCACCUGCAAAGUGCUGAGCUCCCCCGGCGCACUGUACGAAUAACUAAUAAUACAAUAACCAGCCGAAAUGUACCGGCCACCUGGAGCCGACCGUUCAGGCCUUGGUCUGGGGGAAAGAGCACGAAGCCGAGGCUGCGGGAGGGCAGGUGAAAUGCCGAGAGAGAAGAGAGAGCGGGGGAAGGACAUGAUCAGGCUGGAGGAUAAAGAGGAGGAGUGUGGCUGCGGGAUGCCAGAUAGGCUGAGGGGGUGAGAUGAGGGAGGCUGGAGCGGAGGAGGCCCGGGGAAAUGGGAGGGGUGACCUGGGUGAAUUUGGGUGGAAGGGUUAGAAUCUGGAGCUGGCACAGAGGGAGAACCAGGUGGCUGGAUGAGAGGAGCUGGAGAAGGAUGGGGAGCAGCGUGAGGAAAGACUGGGAACUGGGCAGCCAGAGAUGGGGCUGGGAUGUUGGAGGUCUCCCAAGAGAAGACCCAUGGGAAACAUCUAGGUAGCACCAUAGCAUUUGAGCACCUUGCCUCUAAUGUGUUUAUCAUUCCCCCACCCCCUGAGAUAAAGAGGUACUUUCAUCUCCAUUUUUCACAUGGAGGGAAUGAAGCCCAGAUAGGCGACGACCUGGAUAUUCCAAGGUAUUUUGGCACCUGACUUCCAUUGAAACAAGACCUUUGAGGAUCUGGGCCUCAGUGUCUUGUCGAGGUCACACAGGAGGUCUGUGGCAGAACAGGGACUUGAACCCAGGUCCCCCAACUCCUCGCUAGUGCCCUAACCAUUGCACCGUCCAUCUUCUCAGCUGAUAUAGGCCUGGGGGGGAAGGGGAGGCUCAGGAGGUGAAUUGAACAUCCUCUAAUGUGCCACUUUGCCCAGUCAGGCUGGCGUGCCCACCAUGGAGAAAUACCACGUGCUGGAGAUGAUUGGAGAGGGCUCCUUCGGGAGGGUGUACAAGGGGCGCCGGAAAUAUAGUGCCCAGGUGGUGGCGCUGAAGUUCAUCCCCAAAGUCGGGCGAUCGGAGAAGGAGCUGAAGAACCUGCAGCGGGAAAUUGAGAUCAUGAGGGGGCUGCACCAUCCCAACAUCGUCCAGAUGCUCGACAGCUUCGAGACUGACAAGGAGGUGGUGGUGGUGACGGACUACGCGGAGGGGGAGCUUUUCCAGAUCCUGGAAGAUGAUGGGAAUCUGCCAGAGGAGCAGGUUCAGGACAUCGCCUCCCAGCUGGUCUCCGCCCUCUAUUACCUGCACUCCCACCGGAUCCUGCACCGCGACAUGAAGCCCCAGAACAUCCUGCUGGGCAAAGGGGGCGUCAUCAAGCUCUGUGACUUCGGGUUUGCUCGCGCCAUGAGCAUCAACACCAUGGUGCUGACGUCCAUCAAGGGCACCCCACUGUACAUGGCCCCUGAGCUGGUGCAGGAGAGGCCCUACGACCACACGGCCGACCUGUGGGCUGUGGGCUGCAUCCUGUACGAGCUGGUCGUGGGGACUCCGCCCUUCUACACCAACAGCAUCUUCCAGCUGGUCAGCCUCAUCGUCAGGGACCCCAUCAAGUGGCCCAAAACCAUGAGCCCUUCGUUCAAGAGCUUCCUGCAAGGCCUGUUGAUGAAGGACCCUCGCCAGCGCCUGUCAUGGCCGGAGCUCCUGUGCCAUCCCUUCAUCGCUGGACGGGUCACCAUGAUCGAUGACACGGAGCAACACGGGAUCGCAAACCCCUUCACCAGCAAGCUGCCCCCGGAGCUGCAGGUGCUGAAGGAGAAGCAGGCUCACUCGCUGGCCCCCAGGAGCGGCCAGUCCAAGAUCCUGAGGAAGGCGCGGCAGAAGAUGGCCGAGGAGGCCCGGAAGAAGGAGCAGCUGAAGGCAGACGCGCUGUGUAAAAAGGAGGCAGCCCGAGGAGGUCUGGGGCACAAACCCAAAGCAGCCCCUGGGAAGGCCACUCUCAGGGCUGGGGAGCAGACAGCCCGCGCUCUGGGAUCCCCUCCUGGAGAUAAGACCCAAGCCGUCCUGGGGGAGGAGCCCAACGAGGCAGAGUGGGAGACAACCGAGCCUCCCCCGACGCCACGGGAGCACCGGAUCACACAGGAUUACGAGCGGGAGUUCCCGGACAUGGAGAUGGGGGCUCCUGUGCCGGCGGGGGGCAGUGAGGUGGGGCCACGCGGCAGGCGCAGCAUUGAGACCGUGGACCUGGAGAAUGAGGAACUGGAUAGUGACGACGAAUGGCAGCAACUGAUCGAGGCCACGGAACCCGCCACCAUGCAGCUGAGCACGCCCCUGAGCCUUCUGGGGGACCCGGCCUUCCUGCAGCGCAUCCGGGCCCGGCUCCAGCUCUCCAGCCAGCAGGUGCUGGAGGGGAUGUUGGAGGGAGCGUCUCAUCUCCGCCCUGCCCUCCGCGUCCUGGUCAACCUGCUUGCCACCGGCUGUGACUCAGAGCUUCUGUGCAGCUUCUGCCAGGCCGCGGAUUUACCUCAGUUCCUGCUGCACCUGCUCGGGCAAAUGCUGCAGAGCGCCAGCAGCAGGCAGCAGCCCUGGUGCAUCACGCUGCUGACGGACCUGGUUGGCGUGAUAACGGCCUAUUUCACCAGUGAGUCCCACCUGGACCAGAGCUGGAGGAGGAGAAGCCUGCAGGUUUUCCACGAGGCGGCUGCCGGCUUCCUCUCCCUGCUGCCCAAGCUGCUGGCCCAGCCAACGGAUGUCGAGACGAGGCUCAGCGAGCAGAGCAGCAUGUGCUUCGCCCGGCUCUGUGAGCGCAUGGACGGCAGCAGCCCCUGUGUGUCAGGGCCCUUCUACGCCGGCCUGCUCGCCGAGCAGCGCCCCCUGCUGGACACGCUCCUCCAGGGGGCCACCAUGGCGCAGCCCACCCGGGAAGAGCCAGCACGGGAGGCGAGAGCCGCACGGGAGCAGUGGGAGCGUGGGGCAGAUGUCUUCACAGCAGCACUGGCCGCAGUCUGCAGUCUCCCCAUGGGGCGGAACGGGUGCCAGGAGUCCAAAAAGCAGGUGGCCCAGCAGGUGGCAGAGAAGCUGGCGGAGGAAAACAGCCGGCUGUUAGCGAGGCUGCUGGCGGGACUCGAGCGCCCGGCCUGCUCCCUGAACGUGCUGAAGGUCCUGUACUCCUGCUGCCACGCCAGUAGAAGCCUGUGCCGGCUCCUGGCAAAGGGGCAGCAGGUGCCGAGCUCCCUGGUCCGGCUGCUGAAGGGCGAGGUCCCGAUGGGGGAGCGGCUGCGGCUGGCAGCCUGCGAGGCGUCGCUGCACCUGCUGGCCCUGCUUACCCUCCAGCUGCAGGCUCUCCCUCCCCGGGUGGACCUGGUGGUGAGCACUGCAGCUGAGCUAUUCACCCAAUCGGCUGUCGUCUCCCUCGUGAGCGCCGCGGGAUUCCUGCUGGCUCAGCUCGGCCAGCACGGUGCAGCCAUCGAGGUGGGGCAUGAGGAGGCCAUGCUGGCCAUGACGAAUGCACUCACCGCACCUGCUGAGCUGCACCUGCCCCUACCCCUGGGCGCCGGCCUCUACGAUGGAUUCCUGCUUCUCCUGCUGCAGCUCCUCGCCCAGGGCGACGCGGUGACCGUGCGGGGCUUUGCUGGCUCGGAGCUGUGGAAUGUCGCCUGGCACCGUUUCGCCAUGAUGCUUCGCCUGGCCGCCGCCGAGCCAGUGAUGGAGGGCGAGAUGCUGCGGCCAGGCCAGCCCGCUCCAGAGCCAGACUGGACCCUCGUCUCCCCUCAAGGUGCUCGUGUCUCUCAAGGCCAGCGAGAAGCUGCUGGCACUUUCCGUCAGCGAAGCUCAGACCGGUUCCUAUGGGAGCCCCCGACCGUCUUCAGCGCAUCACUGCAAGAAGCUGAUCCACCUUCUGCGCCCAACACACAGUGCCUGAGAACAGCAGGUCUCUGCUCUGGGAGAGACCAUUCCACCCGCCUCUUGAGGACGACACUUAGUGCCCGAACUCUGUCCAGAAACAGAGGCCACCACCCCCAUCUCCUGAGACCAACGCAGUGCCUGAGCUUGGAGUUGGGGGAGACCACCCUGACAACAGCUGGUCAAGAAACAUAUCUGAUAAAGACAGAGAUGGGUGAAAUACGGUGUGUGUGUGAGAGAGAACCUGGAACAAUUCCUCCUCUUGAUCCAGACCUCCGCUCCCCUCUUUGCCAGUCCUGAGAAAGAUCAUGCCAGCAACUCCCUUUCCUGUCCUUUCAUAGAGAUCUCUCCAACCCAAAUGUGGUGCCCCCCAAACUUCCUCAGGGACAGACGUUGGUUAAUGCCUUAUCUUGUACUAUCUCCACCCCUACCACACUUCAUUCCAACCCUGUUUCCAGGCUGAAUCCAACCAACCAGGUCUAGCUUCUACUUAGAGGUUCUUCUGACUCCAAGCGCCUUCCAGGGAAGGAGCCUCCAAACCUAAAGAACCCAGCUUUCAAAAAGGGGUCUCAUGCUUACUGAGCUGUGCCUUAUGGUCACCUAGGCUGAGCCGUGCAGGGGAUCCAGCCCCAAGAUCCAGUGUGCCUUUGGCCUCUCCCCAUCUCAGUCUCUCUCCCACCAGAGAAUUGCCCCAUUUUUCCCCAUCCUCCUCGAAUGAGCUCCAGCAAGAUCAGAUUUAAUUGAACCAGAUCCUGGAUGGACUAAACCCAACACGAAGCCUUGAUGGUUCAGGCACUCUUUCCAGGACACAGUCCACAUACUUACCUUCACCCUGCACUUCCAGAGUUUAACUGCAGGGUCCAGGUGAUACAAGCCAGACUCAGCAUCAGAUUCCCAGCAGAGUUGGAGCUCAUGGUGUGUCCAGGAUUCUGUUCACAGCUGCUGACAUCUUCUCUUCUGUGGUGUGGUUGGGGAUUGUUUCCCUGGCUCAGCUUCAUGAAGACGGGUUCACUUCUCCUGUUAUUCCUGGAGUGUGUGGUGGGGAUUCUACUCUAUGACUCUGACUGAAGUCUGAAGGUUUCUCCUAAUCUAGUGCUCCAUCAUGCUAGGACCCACCGCCUUUGUGGAUGAGAACUGAACAGUCAAGUGCCAUCAGCUGAACCUGCUAGUGUUCCUUAAUCAGCCAGAAGGGUCACCUUUGGGCAGUGCCAGGCACUUCCUCCCUGAGGUUCCAUGUACCACCUCAAUGCUUGUGGGUCCGAACAGACUCGAUCCGAUGGGUUCAUAGUGGUAUUUGGGUGUCCAUAGAAGCCCUUGGCUGGACUUAUCCAGCCUGCAUUUUCUAGCCAUUUGUAGUGACUCUUUUAUAACAGAGACUUUGUGUGACAUUGGUUUGGAGUCACUUUUCUAGAUUUAUUUUUUGUACUAUUGCAUUUACAUUUGUAAUUUAUUAUAAUAAACGACUCUUCCCUUCCUGGGAAAGUUUCCUGCUGA